CCACUGUACCCUACUCGAGACUGGACGUAAGCCACUUGUACUUGUAGCUAGCCUCGACCACACCACCACCACCAUCACCACCCAAGUACUUUGUAUCGUGAUCUCUCUGAUGCCCCCAUGACCGCCCAUCUCGACCAGAUCGACAUACUCCACCUGACAGGAUCUUCACAGCUCGCUUCGGCCGCUGUCCAACGACCAACUUCUCUUUCUCCCACUCCCACACUACGCACGGUAUGGAAUAUGGACUCGUCGUCGUUGAUGCUGGCCCAGUAGGCUCGCCGCCUCCACCACCAGAUCCCAAUGUACAUGAUGAAGCAGCAGCCGCGCCUCUCAACCCGACAGCCUCACCCAAGUCCGACAAGACUCUUUACCUGGAAAGCGAGUCAUGGGAUAUCAACAGCAUUUCGGCCGUAGCAGCCCUUCAGAUGCUUAUCAACGCCCUCGGUGGACUCUCCGAAACCACUGGCGAUGUUCCUCCUACUCCGCCCGUCUCGCGACCUUCCACGCCGGGUCUGUUCCCUCGUCCGCGACAUCAGCGCAAACCGAGUAGCACAAUUCCACGAACUGCAUCGUCGCAGGACAUUCCUAAGCUCGAGAUUGGCAGUCCUGAAGCACAUCCUCACGAGCCCAUCAUGGUCGUUGUGGGAGCGGGAGUGGAGGACAUUUCGGUGCAGCAUCAAGCUAUCGCCAGGCGCUUCUUUUCCAAAACCGCUCCGCCCUUCACGCUGGGCCAGUACCUCAAGCGCUUCCAUCAAUACUGUCCGCACAGCCCGGGAGUCUACCUGGGAGCCGCAGCCUACAUUCACCAGCUGUGCGUGUCCGACCUGGUCGUACCUGCCACGAAUCGCACAAUACACCGGCUCGGUCUUGCGGCGAUCAGGAUAGCCGCAAAGAGCUUGGAGGACAACAAAUGGUCUCAAGAGCGAGUGGCAAGGAUGGGCGGCAUCAGCACCAUGCAGCUCAUGAAUCUGGAGAUUGCCAUGUGCUUCCUGUUAGACUUCGAGCUGUAUUUGGACGAGAGAAUCAUGGCAAGAAGAAUGUUUCUGCUACAAAGUGCGGCACGAAAGGGCUUUGGCGUGCAAGGGGGGUUGAGUGAGCAGUUCAAGUUGCGACUACCGAUGCGCCGGAAAGGCGUCAAGUAGCAUGGGCGACCUACGAGACGUCGGAGUUGCAACUUCUGACCAUGUUCCUCAAGAAGAAGAGAGAGCACAAGUCGUGCAGCCGUGCGUUGCUUCUUCGUGCGUGAGGUUCGGAAGUGAUUACCUACAGUGCGCACCAACGGCUAUGGCACAGCAGUCCCCUGAAAGGGAAAGGCAAUGCGAAGCCCCUUUCUUCUACGGCGCUUGGUGGUAUACCCACAGGCACAUUGCAUGAAUCUGCACGCAAGCAAAAUAAGGGCGCGGGCGCCUCGGGGGAUACCACUUGAGAUUCGAAGAUGGAAUUCCAUGUAUUCGAAGACGGACAAGACAGAAUCACAGCAUCAUCAGGAAGGCAGGGCGCAAAUUGUGUUGAGUUAGUUGUAGCGUUCAAGCAGCAGUAACGAAAAAAGGAUACCCGCACAGGCGUUGCAUAUGGGAGGCACACACACACACACACAUGGGCAGCAGCACUUCCUUGCCGUGCGGAUGUGUGGGAUGAUAUGAUGAAAAAAGACGUUCACUACAUUAUUCUGCUCUACCUGAUUUCCUGCAAAAAAGGGGUGAACUUUACGAUGAUGAUGAUGAUGAUGAGAGAAUACGGCAGCACAAAGCAGAAGAAGAAGUACAUGUAUGGAGAUGAAUGAAAUGAGUAUAUGAUUAUUUGACGAGGUAGUCCUUGACGUGUCUACUUUAUGAAUUACCUUAUAUGCG